AUGCUCUUCCGCAAAGGAGCGUACAAGUCCAGAUUCCGUCAUCGAGCCAAACCGAUAGCUCUGGCGAUUCUGAUUGUAUACGGAAUAUACUGUCUGUUCUUCGCUGACUCGACGAGUGCCAACCUCGUGUCUCGAGGAAACCGGCGCAGAGGAUCGAAACAUGCCAGAGCUUCGCACGCUCCGUUGCCCCCGUUGAAGAAAGAUCUGGUCGUGGCGAGCAUGACCAAGGACGACACGUCGUGGCUCUUCGACUAUUUCCCGGAUUGGCAUAAGAGCAUCUAUGUGGUGGAUGAUGAAGAUGCGGAAUUGACCGUGGAAAUAAACAAGGGAAGGGAGUCUAUGGUGUAUCUGACGUAUAUCAUUGACAACUAUGACAACUUGCCCGAUAAUAUGCUUUUCAUCCACUCUCUACGCUACCAAUGGCACAACGAUGACCCCUACUAUGAUGGCGUUCCUAUGCUUAGGAACUUCCAAAUCCCUUAUCUGGAGGCUCAGGGGUACGUCAAUCUGCGGUGCGUCUGGAAUCUAGGCUGUCCUUCUGAGAUACGUCCAUUCCACGAUACCCAUCGCGAGGACGUCCACGCGGGCGAAUACUUCAAGACCGGGUUUAUGGAGCUCUUCCCUGAAUCAGAAGUGCCAGAAGUUGUGGGCGUUUCCUGCUGCGCACAGUUCGGCGUGACCAAGUGGAAGAUCCGAGAGCGACCCAAGAGUGACUAUGAGCAUUUCAGAAACUGGCUGAAGACCACUGAUCUGACAGAUGAGCUGAGUGGGCGCAUUAUGGAAUAUUCUUGGCACAUGAUAUUCGGAAUGGAGCCCGUUCAUUGUCCAGAUGUCGCUCAAUGUUAUUGCAACGUUUUCGGGCUGUGCAACUUGAACUGCGUUGGACCCGAUAGCUGCGAUAACCGGUAUAUCCUCCCUCCGUAUUCUACACUCCCAAAGGGAUGGCCUUACAAAGGCUGGGACGGCGAGGAUCAAGACCCCAGCCGACCAAUCUGGGGGCCUUGA